AUGACUGAGUUGUAUUUCAUGCGGCAUGGUCAGAGAAUAGACCAUGCAUUAGAGUUAGAUGCAAAUGCUAAACCCAUGUUUGAAGAUUAUAAACCUUAUGAUCCAUCAUUAGCCAUUUCUGCCCAAGAUCAAAUAGAAGAAUGCUGUGAUGAUAUAGUUGAAAGUACCAAAGCUUUCAAACCAAAGACUUCAGAAACUUUGAAGAAAAAUAUUUUCAUCCAUUUCUCCCCUUACUUGAGAUGUUGUCAAACUGCCGACUUAUUAAUCACUUAUUUGAAACCAAAAUUUGAAGCUAAGUAUCCUAACUAUAAGAUAAGAUUUCAAUUAUUAGGAGAUUUCGCUUUAAGUGAAUGGAUCCAUGAUAAGAUGAAAAAUAAGCCCCCUUUCAUUGAUUCUAAUGAUGCUUAUCAGAUGUAUACUCCUAAUAUCAAAUUAUUGAAAAAUCGAUCUGCUUGUUCUAAUUUUAGACCUUGUGUAACUUUAGGUCAUUACAAUGGUUUUGAUUUGAGUUAUAAGGAUUACCAGGACAAUUGUAAGGAGUAUUUCAAACGAUUAUUGGCCACUUAUGAUAAACCAACUCAUAUCAAGAAUCAAGAUAUUGUGAUUAUUGUAAGUCAUGGUUACUUUAUUAAUAAUAUAUUAUCAUAUUUUGUCAACCAUCCAAUAUUUGAUGAAAUACCCGAAGCUAAAAUCAACUUUGCUAGAAAAAUCAGAGUUGAUGAUGAUGGUAAUGAAGUUGAUUUGGAAGGUGAUGAAGACGAAGAUCCUCAUUAUAAUUGGAGUCUAAUGAAGGAUUCUUUAGGAUUAUUCGGAUUCAAUGCUAUUGAUACUUCACUUAAUCUCGAAACUGAUAUCGUAUAUUAUAAAACCAAUUUUAUCAAACGAGACGAAUUGAAUCCUAAGAAAGCCAAUGAGACUAAGAAAGAAGAUAAACCAAGACCUUCUUUCAAAAUCCCUCAUACUUCUCAAUCUUAUCAAAUGGCUAAUUGUGAAUCUUUACAUUUAGAUUUAGAUUCCAAAGCUCCUCAAAUAUCCAGCACUAAAGAUAAUCAUAAGAAUCCUCAUAUUAUUGAUAAUCCUAUUUGUCCAGCAGCUAAAGAUUGGUCACCUCAAAAGCUUAAGACUUUCGCUAUUAAAAGUGAAUUCAAAUUGAAGAUGAUGGGUACUGGUAUCUUCAAAAAUGAGUACGAUAUUACCAAACCACCAAUCAGACCUGUAACCCCCGAAGUUUCUCCCUGUUCUGAACCUACCAGGAAUAAUUCUGUCAUUGAUUUGAGUAAAUUAUCUCAUAACAAAGAUCAUAGACCUUUGAAUUUGAAAUAUUCUACUACAGCUGAGAUUCCUUUACAUCAAUUGAAUCAAAAAGUUAACUCCCAAGUUAAUUUGGCACAAUUCCAAAGGUCUAACCCUUCAUCAAACAAUUCUUCCCUUACAGAUUUCCCCAAAUUCUUUACUCAUACCAACAAAAGGGCUAUUUCCAAUCCUAUCGUGGUAACUGGUCAAAAUCAAGGUCAAUCAAUGAAAGAAAGUUAUUUCCCUACUAAUUUAACUACUUCACCAAAAGUUUUGACUUCUACCUUGAGUAAUGAUUCCCUUUAUGAAGAUAUUGAUAUUUCAAACCUUGAUACUAAUGAUUUGGCUAUAAUAGAAGAAUUAAAUACUAAAAAGAGUCCUCAUAAAAAUGUUCCACCAACAUCAUUAUUAUCAAGGUCAAAAUCUGCCAAGUAUAAACAAGAGUUAGCUAUGAAUAGUGGGAAAAAUCUAUUGGCCAUGUAUCAAAAACAACAAUCAAUCAACAGUAGUUCCGAUAAUGAAGAAGAAAAAUAUUCCCUUUCAUUUGGUAACAAUAGAACAGAAAGAAAACAGCCUUCUCCUACAGUUCAUAGAACAAGGUCAAGAAAGAAUUCAAUCAAAUUUUAUCCUUCAGUAAUGAAUGUUGACCAACCCAUCAAUCGUGAAGGGAACUCAACUCCAGUUGGAUUUUAUGCCUCCAAAAAGCAAGAAAGUUCAAGUCCCUUGCAAGCAUCACCUAUUAAUAAUGAUAAUGAAAAACCCGAAAAACCAACUUUCCAAAGACCUCCAUUAGUUCCUACAAAAUCAAAAUCAAUGUUCUAUAAUUUGGAUUCAGAAAGUGAUUCUAAUGAACUGAUAAGUUCUGAUGAUGAAUCUCCUCCUGAUUAUAAGAAUGAAGGGAAUAAAUAUACUUGGUUUGGUCAAAAUAGAGAUUAA